AUGGACUGUACAGCCAGUACUCUUCGGACUGAACAUGGAAACAUAGCCAAAAUUGCUAUUAUUAUAGAUAAUGCCACAUGGCAUAACAAACUUACCCCAGAAUCUGAACCACCUAAACGUGCAUGGAAAAAAGAAUCUGUUGUUGAAUGGUUAACUGCACGAAAAAUCAAAUUUGAAACUUAUAUGACAAAGGCAGAAUUAAUUCCAUUAGCUUUUAAUCAUUUACCACCAAAAGAAUUCAUAGUUGAUAAAAUAGCUAACAAAUAUGAUAUUGAAAUUGUUAGAAUACCGGUGAAGCAUUGUGUGUUAAAUCCAAUUGAGCUUGCUUGGGCUGGUUUAAAGAAUUAUCGAGUGGCUGGCGGCAUGUGGUCCUGA